AAAGGGACCGGUUGAGCAACAUGACAGGUGGCUGAGGAGCCAGGUGCAGAGUGGUAGAGUUGGCUGGCGGAGGGGCCAGCAGAUGAGAUGACAGGCAGGUAGGUCGACGGAGAGAUAGCAGCGACGUGGACAGGCCGAACAGUGACAGCCACGUAGAGGAUCUGGCAGACGAAGAGACAAGGUGAGGAGACUUUGGAGGUGACCUGCCAUGGGACCCAGCAUCUUUUUGCUCCUGUGUGUUCUUGGGCUCAGCCAGGCAGCCACACCAAAGAUUUUCAAUGGCACCGAGUGUGGACGUAACUCACAGCCGUGGCAGGUGGGGUUGUUUGAGGGCACCAGCCUGCGCUGCGGGGGCGUCCUUAUUGACAGCAGGUGGGUCCUCACAGCGGCUCACUGCAGCGGCAGGUACUGGGUGCGCCUGGGGGAACACAGCCUGAGCCAGCUCGACUGGACCGAGCAGAUCCGGCACAGCGGCUUCUCCGUGACCCACCCCGGCUACCUGGGAGCCUCGACGAGCCAUGAGCACGACCUCCGGCUUCUGCGGCUGCGCCUGCCCGUCCGCAUAACCAGCAGCGUUCGACCCCUGCCCCUGCCCAGUGACUGUGCAACUGCUGGCACCGAGUGCCACGUCUCAGGCUGGGGCAUCACCAACCACCCAUGGAACCCAUUCCCAGAUCUGCUCCAGUGCCUCAACCUCUCCAUCGUUUCCCAUGCCACCUGCAGUGAGGUGUAUCCUGGGAGAAUCACGAGCAACAUGGUGUGUGCAGGCGGCGUCCCAGGGCAGGAUGCCUGCCAGGGUGAUUCCGGGGGCCCCCUGGUGUGUGGGGGAGUCCUUCAAGGUCUGGUGUCCUGGGGGUCUGUGGGGCCUUGUGGACAAGAUGGCAUCCCUGGAGUCUACACCUAUGUUUGCAAGUAUGUGGACUGGAUCCGGAUGAUCAUGAGGAGCAACUAACCUGUUUCCUCCACCUCCACCCCUUAGCUUGGGUACCACUCUGACCCUCAGAGCACCAAUGCCUCCUCCAUCACUUUUCCUGGCUCCACUCUUGUUGGCCUGGGAACUUUUUGGAACUUUAACUCCUGCCAGCCCUUCUAAGACCCAUGAGCAGGAUGGAGAGAAGUGUGCAAUGGUCUGGAAUAAAUAUAAAUGAAGGAGG